AGGACGGUGACCACCAGUCCUUUCUUUGCAGUCGUCCCCAAGGUCAAGAAAGCGUUCGUGACCUUGGCGUGCACGAGAACAGAACUCGGAGUCACAGAGCUCCUCUUCUCUCCUCUCGCCCACUAGACGUUCGUUUGUUGCCGAGAACACGUCCAAUCAACGCCGACAUCGGCAUCCACACCCGGGUAGCCCUUAUCACUGUCGCGAUUUAUUAAUCAAGAUGUACGCCUUUUUCGGCGGCUCUUCCUCCCUGCCUCGUCACCCGCGGCCGUCGUCCUCGCCGUCGGUAUUGCGCUUUAUGGCCCCGCUCCUCGCAUAUCUCACGUCCCAGCUUGCCCUCUCCUCCCCGGUGUCGUACGGUAACGCUCCAAAGCUCGGGGCCGUCGCGUCUGAGAACAGUCUCUGCAGCAACAUCGGCAUUGACCUUCUCAAAGCCGGUGGAAAUGCCGCGGACGCGCUUGUCGGCACCGUGUUCUGCGUAGGUGUCGUUGGGUGCUACCAUUCCGGCAUUGGCGGCGGGGGCUUCAUGAUCGUGCGAGCUCCCAAUGGAACGUAUCAGAAUAUCGAUUUUCGGGAGACGGCGCCGGCAGCGGCGUUCCAGGAUAUGUACCAGGGGAAUGUAGAUGGAAGCAUCUACGGUGGCCUAGCGUCGGGCGUGCCUGGUGAGCUGAGAGGAUUGCAGUACCUGCAUGAGAACUACGGAGUACUGCCCUGGAAGCAAGUUGUGAUGCCGGCCGUCAAGGUUGCGAGGUACGGGUGGAGAGUCAAUGAGGAUCUAGUCAAGUACAUGAAUUCAGCCAUGACAGGGAACGCAGAUGGCAGGUUUCUGGUCGAUAAUCCGACGUGGGCGAUUGAUUUUGCACCAAACGGGGAGCUUCUGAAGUUGAACGAGACGAUCACGAGAAAGCGCUAUGCGGAUACCCUUGAGACGAUUGCGGAGCAUGGAGCCGAUGCAUUCUACAGCGGUCCCAUUGCAAACGCGACCAUUGCAGCUUUGCGGAAGCAGAAUGGCACCAUGACGCUGGAGGAUAUGCAAAAUUAUACCGUUGCAUUGAGAACACCGAGCGUGAUCAAUUAUCGCGGGUAUAAAUUAACCAGCUGUAGUGCGCCAGCCAGUGGUGUUGUUGCUCUUGCAGUGAUGAACAUUGUUUCGGGAUAUGAUGACAUGGGCGAUCCUGCAGCAUUAAAUAUAAGCACACAUAGGCUUGAUGAGGCUAUGCGGUUUGGCUACGGCAUGAGAACCAACCUAGGCGAUCCUUCCUUUGUCGAGAACCUGGCCGACUAUGAAAACGACAUGCUGUCCGCUGAAACGGGCAAGUACAUUCGAUCCAAGAUCGGUGACUAUUCGCAUAAUGUGUCUUAUUAUGACCCAGAUGGCAUCGAGUCACUGGCGACCCCCGGCACUUCGCAUGUCGUGGUUGCCGACAGGUCUGGUAUGGCGAUUAGCUUGACGACGACUGUGAACCUUCUAUUCGGCUCGCAUCUCAUGGUGCCCGAGACAGGUGUUAUCAUGAACAACGAGAUGAAUGACUUCUCGAUACCUGGAGUCAGUAAUGCCUUCGGUUACAGGCCUUCACCAGCAAAUUACAUCAAACCGGGCAAGCGGCCGCUGAGCUCGAUCUCACCAACAAUUGUGGAGUACCCAGACGGCGGUUUGUACUUUGUUGUUGGUGCAGCCGGAGGCUCACGCAUCACUACCGCAACGAUACAAAACCUUUGGCACGUCCUUGACCAGAAUAUGACUUCUCCCGAAGCGUUGGCCGAGCCGAGGCUGCAUGACCAGCUAAUUCCUGACACUGUUUCAUUCGAGUAUGCUUACAACAAUGCGACAGUCCAGUUUAUGAAAGACCACGGUCAUAAUGUGAGUUGGGUGGCCCCGGGAGCAAGUACGGCCCAAGCUCUGCGGUUAUUGCCAAACGGUACGUUUGAGGCCGCGGGAGAGCCGCGACAGCUGAACUCCGGUGGAUACGCCAUCUGAGACUUUGGCUUUGGGACGACCAAUUGUGAAAUACUUUGUGCAUAGCAAUGGUGUCAAGAAUAGAGGGACAUAUGAAGAUAAUGUAUAGAGAGAUGAGCUGCUGCAACGACUGAUGUGACAUGGUCGACAAUUUGGAUCGGUUAGGUAGAAAAUCCUAUAUUUAUGAUAUGACAUCCCUAAAAUUGAAGCAUCCCAUCAUUCUGGAGUCCA